AAUUAAAUAUUUUUAAUUAUUUAACAAUAAUUAAAAUAAACAAAAAAAAUUAUUAAAAAUGGCAUUCAAACAAGUUUGUACUUCAUUGUUGGUAGCAGUAGCUUGUUGCAGCGUUUUAUCGAAGGCCCAACAAUUGAGUUAUUUAUCAGACAACAAUCAAAAUGGUUUUCCAUUCGGAAACCAAGGAUCCCUUACUUAUUUAAACGAUAAUACCGCAAAUCAAUUGCAGUCAUUGUACCCAAUCCAGGCCCAACAAUUAAGCUACUUAUCAGACAACAAUCAAAACGGUUUCCCAUUCUCAAACCAAGGUUCCUUUACUUAUUUAAGAGAUAAUGGCGCUAAUCAAGUACCUGCAGUAUACUCAGCACAGUCUGGACCAGUCAACUACAUUAACAACAUUGGAAAUCCACAAAUCCAAACUAUUGGUGCAUAUCCAAAUGUAAUUAGCAGUGUUGGACUCAUUGGAAACAAUGGAUUUGGUGGUUCCAACAUCAUAAACAACGUAAACAGUGGUUUAUCAACUGUUCAAUAUCCUGGUUAUGCACAGACCUUACCCGUUUACAAUCAAAUUGUAAGCUAUCCAAGUGCUCAACAAGUCUUACCAGUUGCUCAAUAUGUUCCACAACCAUCAAUCGUUGGAGGAUCUGUAGGAUACCCAAACAAUAACAACCAAAUUACCAAUACUCAAAGCGCUCCAGUAGAAAUCAACUUUGGAAGUCAACAACCUUGCCUUCAAAGCACCCUUAGAUCUUUACUUUAAUCUAGGAUCAAUUUAAUCUAGAUUCUAGGAUAAUAUUCAAGGAAUAUUUCCUAGAAUUGCCAUGUCAUAAAAUUUAGUGCACAAAUUUUUAUUUUUGU